GAGUUCUUGCUCAUGCCAAUAUCACACACGCGCCAUGCAUGAUCAGCCUCCUGUUAACUGUACAGUCCAUCGGUCUUCAUACCAACGCAUCUCUCCUUAUCGACUCUCCGAUGUCCACCCAUGGCUCACAACGGCCCGUCCACUCAGUGGGCAUGGAUAGUAGGAGGCCACAUCACCAUCUGGUAUCUUCUCAUUUCGACUCGCAACUCGGAGGUAACAGUUACAAGGAGAGGAGAAAAAAUCCGUGUGAAAAAGCUCUGUCAUCAGCUGAUACUUACAGGCUGGCAUAAUCAAUUUCCCGGCUGAAGAUCAUUGACCGGUGACCUCCGGCUAACCGGCUACCCAAGGCAAUGCACAAACAGGUGCAACGCUCUUUCCGAACCACCACCGGUACCAUGGCUAUGAAACCUACUACAUCGUCUUCUACGACCGCUGACUCCAAGUCGGAGGACUGGGUGGACUGGGUGUAUCGCACCUAUCCCGGCCGCACCCACCAGGAAAUCCUCGAUUUCUAUGUAUCUCAGUACGGUUCUGUCGAGGCUGCCCGACUCCGCCUUGAGGCGUUCCGCGCCAGUGUUUCAGGAACGGAGAAGCAGAUCGGCCGCUAUCCUACUCCUAACGAGGUCAUGUACGUCGUUGAUAUCAACGACAAAGUCAAAAUUGGCAUAUGGCGCGGAGAUCUGGCAGACAUGCGUCAAUACCAUUUCGCCUUUAUCAACCCCGACUCUGGUCGACCGGUUCCAACACCCCGUGGCAUCCAUGUUUAUGGAGUACGGCGUCCAGAUGGAGGUGGGACAGCAGAGGAAUUGAUCUCGAUUGAACGGGCCCUCGGCCUGAAAGUUAAAAUCUUCAGCGAAGUCUUCAUGAUACCUGAGGGUACGGUAUGUCGUGUUGUAGGACUGGAGAAAGAUGUUCACUUCGCCCUUCCUAUACAUGAUGACUUUGUCCGUGCCCCAUUGAGGAUCUUCAAUAAGGUGAUGAUGCCCUCUUCUACUGACUUGGAUGUAUCUGCUGACAACUUCCUUAGGAUUGUUGACCGCAAUAACUCUUCAAGUUGUUCUUAUUGUUUUUGAUAUUUAGUCAUUGUGUAGUAAAAUACAGUCGGACCCCUUUCUUGAGAUGUCGGCUGGAUUGUUAUCAUCAAAUGUUUAACUACUUGUAAGCAACGAGGAACGUACCGAGCGAGAGAAUUAUGAGCGUUUCAGAUCAUAGGAGAAUUCGAUAUCACGAGCCCUAGCAG